AUGGUGACGCAGUCCUCAUUCUCCGAACUGCGACCGGAGAUGGGCUACGACGGCAAACGACGCGACUCUUCGCGUCGUGCAAGUGGUGCACCUCAGCUGCCCGAUAUAUUUGACACGCUGCGGCUGAGAGGAGGCAAAAGAUCACGCGUCUACAACAAUGACCAGGACGAGGACGAGGAUGAAGAAGAAGAAGACGAGGAAGAAGACGAGGAGGAGAGUAAUGAUACUCCGCCGCGACAGGCCGCAGCCGUGUCCCCACUGCAUAACGGCGUGUCGAGUUCUGGCUUCCAGCCUGGCGCCAUUGUCCGCGUCAAGGUUCAAAACUUUGUGACAUUCGAAGAGGUCGAGUUCUUCCUCGGCCCUAACUUGAACAUGGUUAUCGGACCCAACGGCUCUGGCAAGAGCUCCCUCGUCUGCGCCAUCUGUCUAGGCUUGGGAUAUCCGUCGAGUGUCCUGGGCCGAGCAAGCGGCUUCGGUGAGUUUGUCAAACAUGGAACGGAUGAGGCUCAUAUCGAGGUCGAGCUGCAGGGGAAACCUAAUGCCGCACAGAACCACGUUGUCAGUCUAUGUAUCAAACGAGAGGAUAACAGCCGGAAGUUUACCAUAGACGGAGAGAGAGUCUCGCACAAGGACAUCCAGCAGUUGAUGAAGUCGUUGCGGAUCCAGAUCGACAAUCUCUGCCAGUUCCUGCCCCAAGACAAGGUCGCCGAGUUUGCCGGUCUCAGCCCCGUCGAUCUGUUGGAAAAGACGCUACACGCGGCUGCUCCUCCGCAGAUGAUCAAAUGGCAGGCUGAACUAAAGGAGCACUUCAAGAGCCAGAGAGACGCCGAGCGUAGUGCGCAGGAGAGCAGCGUGCAGCUUCGCAAGAUGGAGGCUCGUCGGCAGGUCUUGCAGGCCGACGUUGAGAAGAUUCGAGAGAGAAAAGAGAUCCAGAACACGCUUGCCAGACUUGAGAAGCUGCGCGUUGUGGUGAAAUACAACGAGGCCCGGCAUCAAUAUAGCGAAUUCAAGAAGCGGAGAAAGGCGGCAGAACAAAAAUUGAAGCGCCUUCAAAAAGGCUCUGCCCCGUCACUUCAGGCUGUCAACAAGAAGCAGGACUACCAAGCACGGAUCCAGUCGGCGGUUGACGGCAGAAAGAACGCACUGAAGGCCGCCGAGGCUGCUGCUGACGAUGCCGUUGGGCAGGUCGUUGCCCUCGAGGGCAAAUGUCAGGAGCUAGUCGAAAGGUCCAAAGCGGAGAUGGACGGCUUCAGAGCCAAAAAACAAGAAAUCGGAAAAUUUAAGAAAAGGAUCACGGAUCUGGAAGCCACUCACAAGCAGGCGCCGCCUCAAUGUGACGCUGCGGAUUGGAACAGAAGAAUACGUGAGCAAGAACACAUAGUGCGGGACAAGAAGGCAGCCAGCCAAGCGGCCGAGGAGGAAUCAGAAAAGAUCAAGUCUUUGGCAAAAGAGAAACAACGUGAGAAGAUCGCGUUGAGCCACGAGCUCAAAGGUUUUGAAUCGCAACAGGGUCAGCUCUUGAAUCAGCUAAAGAGAUUCAACCAAGACGUCUUCAAGGGCUGGGAGUGGCUGAAAGAAAACCAUGGCGAGUUCGAAAAGGAAGUCUUUGGGCCACCGAUGCUUACCUGCUCAGUCAAGGACCCGCGCUACUCGGAUCUCGUGCAAUCACUGUUGCAGGACAACGACUUCCUAUGUUUCACGGCCCAAACAAAAGACGACCACAAGAAUCUCAGCAACCAGUUCUAUGAAAAAAUGGGGCUUUCUGUCACUAUCCGAACCGGGUUCAAACCCCUCAACACUUUCACUCCUCCGAUGCCAAAGCAAGAGCUUGUUAAGUUCGGGCUCGACGGGUACGUGUCAGACUAUCUCGAGGGGCCAGAGCCUGUCUUGGCUAUGCUAUGCUCGGAAAGGCGCCUGCACGCAUCGGCCAUCUCACUUGCCGAUAUUUCCGAUGAACAGUUUGAUCGGAUACAGCGCGACGAGAAAAUCGGCCAGUUCGCUGCUGGAAAACAACUCUACCGCAUAGCACGGCGGAGAGAGUACGGCCCUGGCGCCGUCUCCACGCGUGUCAUCACAUUUCAGAAAGGGCGGUUCUGGACGGAUCAGCCAGUAGACUUGGCCGAGAAAACGGAGCUCAGGCGUAAGCUCGAUACAUUGAGAGACGAGAUCUCCGAAUUGUCUGCGCAGAACCAAAAAUACGUGACGCAAAUAGAGGGCUUUGACGCCCAACAGAAAGAGAUAAACCAGACGAUAUCGGAGUUGCGAACUCAGAAAGCGGAGCUUCAGCGUGCGGACCAGGUGUGGCAGGCUCUACCCAACAAAAUAGAAAGAGAGAAGAGGGCUCUGGGUCAGACGCAAAAGGAGCUUGAAGCUGCCAGGAAUCGAAUUCGUGCGGACGAGCGCCGCCAGAAUGAGGCCAUUCUGGACAAAGCUAGAGCAAUUUUGGAGCACCAACGGAAGAUAGCAGACAUUCGCAACGCCUACCAGGCCUUGCUUGAGGCUCAGGUGCUGCUAAUUGAGGCUAAAUCGGAAGUCACGGUUCUCAAAGAUAAAAACUCUGAGAUUACGCAGAUGCUUCAAGAGGAGAAGAACAACCUCGAGAACCUCGCGGAAGAAGUGGCGGAGCGGUAUCGCAUCGCAACAGAAGCGAGAGAGGAAGUAGCCGAAUUCAUUGAAGAAGGCAAUGACAAGGAAGAGCUGCUCGCACUUGCCAGAGACAAGACACUCGAAGAGCUCAUACACGAGACCAACACAGAGCAGGCCAAGCUCGAAGUUAUCCAGGCCAGCAACCCACGUGCGUUAGAAGAGUAUGAGAACUGGUCGACCAAGAUUGAGCACGAGCGGGUCAACCACACCACCCAGGCAGUCAAAUUGACGGACCUCAACAACAAGAUCGACACGAUUAGGAGUCAGUGGGAACCGAAGCUAGACGAGCUCGUGAGCCAAAUCAACGACGCCUUCAGCUACAACUUCGAGCAAAUCAGCUGUGCCGGCGAGGUGGGCGUUCACAAGGACGAUGACUUUGAGAAGUGGGCGAUUGAAAUCAGGGUUAGGUUCCGCCGUGUCGCUGAUUUCGGGUCGUCUUUCGACUUUAGUGACAAUGAGACGCUUCAGCGGCUAGACCAGCACCGGCAGUCGGGCGGCGAGCGUGCCGUGUCGACCAUCUUCUACCUCAUGUCGCUGCAGUCGAUGGCGCAGGCGCCGUUCCGCGUCGUCGACGAGAUCAACCAGGGUAUGGACCCGCGCAACGAGCGUAUGGUGCACGAGCGCAUGGUUGAGAUUGCCUGCCGCGAGCAUACGAGCCAGUAUUUUCUCAUCACGCCCAAGCUGCUCACGGGGCUGCGCUACGACGAGCGCAUGCGCAUUCACACUAUUGUCAACGGCGAGCACGUCGACAAGGACGGCGUGGAGAAGAUGAACUUUGCAAAGAUUGCGCAGAUGCAGCGGAAGCUCAUGGGCCGUUAG